GGCUCUUUUCAGAGCCACCACUUACUCGUGAGAAAGCUUCCAUGUGUGUCCUUCAAAGUUCGGGUGCCGGAAACCUUCGUUUGCUGGUCACGGCUCUCACGAGUCGUCAGGCUGCUUUUUGCAUCCUAGGUCCCUUAACGAUGUCUGGACGCGGCAAGACCGGUGGCAAAUCUCGCGCCAAGGCAAAGUCCCGCUCUUCCCGCGCCGGCCUGCAGUUCCCCGUGGGUCGCGUUCACAGGCUGCUCCGCAAGGGCAAUUACGCCCAGCGGGUCGGCGCUGGAGCACCCGUCUACCUGGCCGCCGUGCUCGAGUACCUUUCUGCCGAGAUCCUCGAGCUGGCUGGCAAUGCCGCCCGCGACAACAAGAAGACGAGGAUCAUCCCCCGACACCUGCAGCUCGCCGUGCGAAACGACGAGGAGCUCAACAAGCUCAUGGGCGGCGUGACUAUCGCCCAGGGCGGUGUGCUGCCCAACAUCCAGGCCGUGCUGCUGCCCAAGAAGACCUCUCAGGCAAAGAAGUGAACGCGCCGCCGCCUCUACCACCACAACAACGGCUCUUUUCAGAGCCACCCACUUGCUUGCAAAGAGCUCGGACAGUCGUGCACAGGGGUUUUGUUAUUAAUAAGGACACCGUCGUCGAGUUGCCCUCGUCCCAAAUUGCUCGCAAUUAAACGAAUGCUCUGCUCAUUCCAGAUACCCUUUAUGUCUAAUUUAGGAACGGUAUUUGAGCAGCAUUCCAACAUUGCAUCAAUCAUGGAACAUGGUUUAGAAUAAAUUGAGGUGCCUAUUGGAAGAAAGUAUCGUGUUUUUUUAAAGAAUAAAACUCGCUCUUUUUGAGCGGUCAGAUUACAUAUGAAGAGGAGUCGGAGAAUGGUUCAAGCACUUCAAGGGAUCUGCGAGCCACCCUCACGCACCACGCACCACGCAAACACGACAUCUCCGCUCUCACGACAACACGCACCAAUCAAUCUUAAUUUUUUUUCACACACGCGCGGGAAAUAAGAGCUGGACGGGGGGGUCAGGGGUUAAAGGGCAGUGACGUCACCCGGACCAGGCGUGCUGGACGCGAAUGUGUAUUGGGAGCGGAGAUUGAGGAGUUAAAAGGGGCUGUGGGACGUGUGCCCGGGGUUGGUCUUGGAACGAAUAUUGCUGUGCGUUGCGGAGAUUGAGGAGUUAAAAGGGGCUGUGGGACGUGUGCCCGGGGUUGGUCUUGGAACGAAUAUUGUUGUGCGUUGGUGAAAACAGGUCCCUGUGGGGUGGGCUGGUAGGACCGAACAAUUGAAUGGCUAUAAUAAAAUGAAAUGGCAAAAAAUGGGCGCCAAUGAGUGGAUGGAAACGUAGACGUAGUGGAACAUAAGAAACAAUAAAGUAGUAGUAACCGUUCUGCAAAAAAAUAAUAGUAUUGCACAAGUAUGUACCUACGUGAGUGCAGCUUGGAGCAGACACAGUGAGUAGUAACAAUCUGCACGAGAUGCAGCGCCGUGGGCCACGCCCCUAUCACUGUUAGCCCCGCCUCCUCGCCCCCGGUACUGUAUUCUCGACUGUAGACUCCGCCCCUUUUCGCCAACGGCCCCUCCCUCCAUCGCGCUAAGCUCCGCCUCCCACCGCUUGACCCCGCCCCGCUCCCCCGUGGCUCCGCUCCGCCCCCGUGGCCCCGCCCUCCACCCGCGUAACCCCGCCCCGCCACCCGUGGCCCCGCCCCAUCUCGGUGUCCCCGCCCAGCCCCGCGUAGCCCCGCCCCCUGC